UUAUGCUUUGGGCGAAUCUGCCAUGACUCAUUUACGCAAGGCUUCGGUUUUGAUCAGUGGUAUUGGAUCCGUAGGUCUUGAAAUUGCCAAAAAUGUUAUCCUUGGUGGCGUUCGUCACGUAACUCUACAUGACCAAAAACUUUUGACUUUUGGGGAUUUAUCAGCGUGCUUUUAUGCUGACGAGUCAAUGGUGGGUGAGAAUCGUGCCAAAAUCGCUUUCACAAAGUUGGCCGAAUUGAAUGAUACCGUCACUUGCGUUCUUCACACAGAAGCAUUGAAUGAGGAAUUUGUGAAACAGUUUGAUUUAGUUAUCGUUACUGAUUCACCUUGGGAAGAGCAAAUCAAAAUUAAUAACUGGAUGCGGAAACAUGGAAAGCUGUUCAUUUCUGCCGAUGCCAGAGGUCUUUUUUCCUAUGCUUUUGUUGAUCUUGGUGAGAAAUUUGCUGUGCAUGAUGUUGAUGGUGAAACUUAUAACGAAGUAUUACUCGAGCAUGUUAAUUGUGAGACUGGUGAAAUAUUUACUCUCGACAAGGCUUAUCACGGAUUGGAAGAUGGAGAUCAUAUUGUUUUUGAGGAUUUUGAGAUUGCAGAACUUAAUAAAUUGACACCAACGCCAGUAAAGACAACUGCAAAAGGUCAUAUAAUUAAUGUUGGCAAAGCUCUUUCGGUCUUCUCAUCAGUCAUUGAUGGCCCAAUUUCUCGAGGAAGGGCUCGCAAAGUUAAAAUGCCGAAAUUUAUUGAAUUUAAAUCUCUUGCCGAAGCACUAAAGUCCCCAGAAUUUAUGAUUUGGGAUUUUGCUAAAUUUGAUGGUCCAGAACACCUCCACCGUCUCUGGCAAGCACUCUACAAAUUUGAGAAAAAGGCUACUGGAAAUCUUCAACCUGUCGCUUCUGUUAUUGGUGGAUUUGUUGCUCAAGAGGCAUUUAAAGCUGUCACUCAUCACACAACACCUUUAAAACAAUUUUUAUAUACAGACUCGUGUGAAGCACUUCCUGGUGAUUACUCUAGCUUUGAUGCUGGUAAAUUGACUGAAAAGGAUUGUGAACCGCGCCAAACUCGUUAUGACGGUCAAGCAGCUGUUUUUGGAUGGGCAUUCCAAGCAGCAUUAUCUAAACAAAAUUGGUUUAUUGUUGGCGCAGGUGCCAUUGGUUGUGAACUUUUUAAAAAUAUGGCUAUGAUGGGAUUGGCAGCGGGUAAUGGUGGUCUACUUAAAGUUACAGAUCCAGAUACUAUUGAAGUUUCUAACUUGAAUAGACAAUUCCUCUUUCGUCGACCUGAUGUUGGGAAAAAGAAAUCUGAAGUUGCUGCUCGUUCUAUGAAGCAAUUCAACCCAGCAGUUAACGUCCAAGCUCUUUCUGACAUUGUUUCUGAGGCAACAGAGAGUGUUUUCAACGAUGACUUUUUCAAUCAAUUAAAUGGUGUUUGUAAUGCUUUGGAUAAUGUUGAAGCUCGUCGCUAUGUUGAUCGUCGUUGCGUUUAUUAUCAGCUGCCAUUGCUUGAAUCUGGAACAAUGGGAGCCAAAGGAAAUACUCAAGUGGUUUUCCCACACUUAACUGAAUCAUACGGUUCGACUUCUGAUCCGCCCGAAUCAGAAACACCUGUUUGUACACUCAAGAAUUUCCCAUAUCAAAUUCAGCAUACGAUUCAAUGGGCUCGAUCGAAAUUUGCUGAUCAUUUUACCUCUGUUGCAGAAACAGCUAAUCAAUAUUUGGAUGAUGUCAAUGGUUUUCUUGGCCGUCUUCAACAAAUGACCGUUUCUCAAAAGAUUGAAUUACUGCGUGCAUUAAAUAAAGCUUUAAUUGAUGAAUGCCCAAGCAGUGCUGAAGAUUGUGUCAAAUGGGCACGCGAUUUGUUUGAUUCGCUUUAUAGGAAUGAGAUUAUGCAACUUUUGCACAAUUUUCCUCCUGAUCAGGUUACUUCUCAAGGACAAAAGUUUUGGUCAGGAACUAAACGUUGUCCCCAUCCAUUGAAUUUUGACGUUGACAAUCCCGAACAUUUGGAAUUUGUUUAUUCAGCGGCUUUUCUACGAGCACAACUUUAUAAUAUUGAACCAAUUAAUGACCCUAUCAAAGUUGCUCAUCUUGCUCGCGCCAUCAUAUCACCAGAAUUCAAACCGAGAGAAGGCAUUAAGAUUGCAGUUACGGAUGCAGAGGCUGCUGCUAACGAUGAAGCUGGCCCUGAAGGAGAUGACAGUGAAAAGCUUCUUGAUACUUUAAAUAUGAAUUUGGCUCGUUUAAAAAUUGACACUAUUCGCCGUUUAACUCCAAUCGAUUUUGAGAAGGAUGAUGACACAAAUCAUCAUAUUGACUUCAUUACUGCAGCUUCAAACUUGCGUGCAGAAAAUUAUACGAUUGAGAAGGCUGAUAGAAUGAAGACUAUUGAGGUUGAAGGACAACGUUCAAAGGCACCCAUUGAACGUUUUAAGAAUGCUUUUCUUAACCUAGCAACUCCAUUUAUUGCUUUCAGUGAACCUGGAAAAGCAACAAAAAAGAAGACACAAACUGGAUUAACCGUCUCAAUGAUGUCUUCCGGUGUUUCGCUUCUUUAUGCUUUUUUCCAGCCACCUGGUAAAGUUGCUGAACGUAAAACCAGAGAUGUUAUUCAAGUGGUGGAGGAAGUGUCUCGUAAUAAAGUUCCUCCAUUUCGUCGUUCACUUGUAUUUGAGGCAAUUACUCAAAAUGAUAAGGACGAGGAUGUCGAGAUUCCUUAUGUCAAAUAUAAUUUUCGUUAA